CUCCCCCCCCCGCCGUGAACUCGACCGCGCGUUUUUCCUUUGCGUAAAAAGACUGAGGACGAUUGAUUGAAGUUUGAACUUUGAAGUAAAUUUAAAGUUAUUUUGAAAAAUUUUACUUUUAAAAAAGUACUUCUUUAUUGUUCUUUUCAAUCUUAUGUUUACUGGUUUACUAUUUGCUGCUAAUGUGCAAAGAAUUUCAAUGUUUGAUGAUGCUGCGUUUGCGUUUAAUCCAUCGAAAGAUUUUAUGCGAAAAGAUCUUGACCCGUGCUUGCUGUAUUGAGUAUUUGUACACUUGCAUUCAUCAGCACAAACCAGGACACGAUAAGAAAGUUCAUCAUAUUGAAUCUCCUGCACAACUGUCUGCUCUGAAAUACGUCCAUGAUGUACAUCCUGCCAUCAAGGUCCCACGGUUACUACGAAAAGCCAAAGACAAGGAGCAGAUAGCACGAUAUUGUUUGGUGAAGAGACUUUGUUUUGAGGGAAACUUUGAACAAGCUAUCGCAAAUGUGGAAUAUUGGCUCCAGUAUGAGGAUGUCACACCAAGCAUUAUUUUGAUACUAAAUGGCUUGUUGUACUCGCUAUUUGAACGGGGAAAUUUGAAAGAUAUAGUCAGUUUGAAUGAAACCAUAGAUAAGCUUGAUGUUGCUGGGGAUAGAGCCACAUAUACCGUACUUAUUGAUAGUUAUGGUAAAAUGAACGACUUUGAAAAAGUUGAAAAACUCUUGGCACUUGUAAGCGACCAUGAUAUAGUGCCUCAUUACAGGUCAUUUAUUGUAGCUGCAGAUUUGGCACUUGGUAAAAUGCUGUUUUCAAAAGCUGUUGAAUAUUUCCUAAAGAUCGAGGGCACCCAUAAAGAAAAUCAUGAUCACUUUUGUGCAGCAUUUCUUUCAAAACUCAUUGCAAACAAGCAAGUUGAUGCCAUUGAAAGUGUUUUUCAAGAUUUCAAGACACAAAGAACAGCAAUUGGUGAACAGACAAUGUUAGUUAUUGAGAAAUAUUUUCACAGUGGAUUAUUACCUGGGAACAACUGGAAGAUAAGCACAACAUCUGUCUCAGCCAGUGGAAUUUGUCAAAAUUGCCAAAGGGAAUUGGAAAGGCGAGCAUUUGGAAAACCGGAAGAAGAUCUGAGUGAAUACUUCAAGCAAUUGAUAAACAAUGAACUGAAAACUGAUAGUUCAGAAGAAAAUGCAAGUGAAAGGGCAAUAUCAAGCAAAGAUAGGCUACAAGGAUUGUUCAGAUUAUUGGAGCAGAAAGGAGAGUUCAAUGUUGUUGUUGAUGGACUAAAUGUUGCAAUGCAUCCAAAGCAUGGUCUUGACUUUGAACCGCUGCUUAGAUUGGUGGAAAAUUAUACGUCCCAAGGCCAGAAAGUGCUGGUAAUUGCAGCAAACGAAUUGAUUAAUCCAAAAAGAUCUAAAACAGUUUCGAGAAGAGAACAUCAAAAAGCAUUGGCAUAUCUUAGAAGCAUCUCAUCAGUUCACUUUGUCAAACAUAAUAAAAGCGGUAUCGAUGAUCUUUUUCUCAUCAUUGCUACGCUUCAGUUGUGUCGUAAGGAUUGUACGGUGAAGCUGGUUAGUAACGACCAAUUUCUGGAUCAUUUUGUCAACAUGAAACCACAAACAUCAUCUUAUUUCAAGCGCUGGCUUUCCGAUCAUCAGGUCACUGUUCAUUGGUAUGAUCGCAACAAAAUGAAAUUGCUUUCUGAGUCAGUAAGUGAAUUUGCAAGGACAAUACAAAGAACUGAAUGUUCCUGGCAUUUUCCUUCCGUGGACGAAACAAAUUGGAUGUGUGUCGAAAAAAUUUAACGUCAAAAGGACUGGAACCUUGCUGAAGUUGGAUUUUUUCCACUGGAGCAGUAGUUAGUGAUAAGCAGUCUACCGCCUGGCUUCAACCAAUUCUACGAGAGAUUUCAACAAAACGAAAUGAAUUGAAGAUCCAAGAUUUGAAAGCAUGAACACCUUUCACAUAGAUUGCCUGACCGUUACACUCGCAAGAGUCAAGAGAAAUCGUGGGGCGUUUGACAGAGAAAAGUUUUGAAUCUUUCAGACAAAUCAGUUGCAAACAAAGGGGUAAAAAAGAGGUUGGCUGAACCUUUAAUUUCCAAGCCAAUUUAGUUGGAAACUGCAUGAAGUUUGGUCAAUCCAGGGUUUUGUAAACCUCAGACUCAAUAUUGCUUUCUUUCGUUAGUAACUUACA